AUGAAGGCUCUUGUGGCCUUCACAGUGUUCCUGAGCGCCCUCGUCCAACUCACCGUACAGCAAGACGGCGAGUGCAGCGCUACCAACCAAGCUCUGCCCUGCAGGAUGUUAAAGGGAUGCCAGAGCACCUGCGAUCGCAAGUCUGACUGUAACCCCGGUUGGGACAGUGGCGACUUUAGCAAAAAGGAUAAAUAUCCCCUCAAUGUCUGUUGCAGCAAGCACGGCUUCUGCGGCUAUACCGAGGAGUUUUGCAAGGGAAAUGAGGUCAAACGGCCCUCGUGCUCCGUCAGCGACACACCCGUAGACCGAGUCAUCGGCUACUAUGAGGGCUGGGCAACUUCCAACCGCGGCUGUAAUGCCUUGCGACCGGAAGAGAUUCCCUACGGCGCUUACACCCAUCUUAUCUUCAGCUUCGCCACCAUCAACCCUAAGACAUUUGAGGUCUCGCCCGACAACUAUAAGACCGAGGACAUGAUGGAGAGAAUCGGCACCAUGAAGCUCCUCCAGCCUGACCUUAAGAUCUGGGUUGCCCUAGGCGGCUGGUGCUCGCUCGUCAAGUUGAUGGAUAAGUUCAACUUUGACGGCGUGGAUAUUGACUGGGAAUAUCCAGUCGCUCCCGACCGCGACGGCCGCGGUGAAGACUAUGAGAAUAUUGUCACUUUUAUGAAGAAGCUCCGUGAACGUAUGGAUAAGUCCCGCAGAGGCGUGUCCAUGGCUCUCCCCGCCAGCUACUGGUACCUCCAGCACUUUGAUAUUGUUAAGCUUGAGGAGCAUGUCGACUGGUUUAACCUCAUGACGUACGAUAUGCACGGUGCCUGGGAUAUUGAUAAUAAGUGGACUGGUCCCUGGGCGAACUCGCACACUAACCUGACCGAGAUUCAGCUUGGCUUGGAUCUUCUAUGGCGCAACGACAUUAGUCCUAGCAAAGUUACCAUGGGCAUGUCCUACUAUGCUCGUACCUUCACCCUUACAGACCCCGGCUGCAACAAGCCCGGCUGCCGCGUUAGCUCACCCGGCGAGGCGGGCAAAUGCUCUGGCACGGCCGGCGUGUUGCUCCACCCCGAGAUCCAGGAGAUAAUCUACAAGAAUAAUUUAAAGCCUGUACUUAACCGGGAAGUUGCCGUCAAGACCAUCUCAAGGGGCAACCAGUGGACCUCGUUUGACGAUGCCGCGACUUGGCGCCUCAAGGCUAACAAGCUGCGCGGUCAGUGCAUCACGGGCUUCAUGGUAUGGGCCAUCAGCCAGGAUGACGAGUUUGGCACCAAUGCCCAGGCUCUGGCUUCUGUUCUAGGUCGUAAGAAGCUCGAGCUUCCCAACUUUGCUAUCCGCGCCAAAGUGGAAGAUAGUCCCGAUCUUGAGUCCAAGACGUGCCGUUGGACAAGCUGCUACGAGGGCUGCCCGUCCGGCUUUAAAGAGGUCCAGCGUGACGGCCACGAGGAGAUUAUGCUGGACACAACACCCUGCUUUGGCAAGGGUCACGGUUUUAGUCGUCUUUGCUGCCCGACGAGUUUCAAGUCUCCCACGUGCACCUGGCGUGGCCACAGAAAUACUGGCAAAUGCAAACCCGGCUGCAACGAUUUUGAGCUUGAAGUCGGCUCACUGGAUGUGGGCUGCCGUUCGGGAUACCAAUCAGCUUGCUGCAGCGAUACCUUGGUCACGUCUCUGUACAGCAGUUGCGUCUGGACUGGAUGUACCAACAAGGGACAGGAUGCUUGUACAGGCAAUAACCCGCAUUUCCUCACUUCGAGCAGCAUCGGCUCUGGCGGUAUGAAGUCAUGCGAUAAGGGCGAGAAGAGAAGUCUCUGCUGCAUAUCCCCGCCACCUUAUGAUGGCGAUCUCGCCUUCUGCUGCACGGAACCCAAGAAGUUGAAGCCUCGCGAUCAAGACCCUGGCUCUUCAGAGGGCCGCGAGUUCCAAGCUCUGAUCCGCAAGUACAUGGAGAAGCCGACCUGUCCCGCUACCAUUCUCUUCCCGACGGUCCAUGACAAAUUCACUCGUAAGCGUUCCCUAAAGUUCGAGGCAGCCGAAUUCAACGUGCUACGCGCCAGGGCCAAGGAUUGUACCCUAGAUACCUGGGUCCGGCUGCUUCAAUAUACGACGCUCGUGUUCUCGGUCAGCCGCGCCGGCAUGGAUCCCCUCGUCAAGGUAUGGAAUAAGGAGUUUGCCGGCUACUAUGAUAAACAACUAGAGUAUGAGAACCUCCACGCCUUUUUGGGCAAUUACAGAGACUAUGAGCCUCGCAGUGUUGUGGAAUGGGUGCUCUACAACCCAAUUCAAGCCGGACCCGGCAUCAAAGGUGCGGAUGCGGCCAGCCAGGCACUAUGCCGAGUUCCUGGUUCGAGCGCUCGUAGUGUGCCCGAGUCCACCCUCUCUGAUAUUAAGAGCAGAAGGUCGAUGCGUGGAGGACCGGACGAGGUAACAUUCCUGCCCUAG